GGGCGAAACGCUUUAGAGCGUCGGCUCUUGGGUAAUGUUUAAAACAGGUGGGAACACAACAUUUAAAACAAAAAAGUUUGAGGGAGCGAGCACACCAACAUCGCGCAGAGUUCUUCGAGCUGCGGUGGAUCAUAUCCGGAGCUUGUUGGACUCGGUUCUCCCUUCACAGAACCAUAAACUAUGGAUGCUUUGAAGUCGGCUGGCAGGGCUAUUAUUCGAAGUCCGAGUCUUGCGAAACAGUCAUGGAGUGCAGGCAAACACAAAAAGCUCCCAGAGAACUGGACAGACACCCGGGAGACGCUUGUGGAGGGCAUGACCUUCAACCUGAAGUACCUGGGCGUGACGCUGGUGGAGCAGCCCAAGGGCGAGGAGCUGUCUGCUGCUGCAGUCAAGAGGAUUGUUGCCACAGCCAAAGCCAGUGGAAAGAAGCUCCAGAAGGUGACCUUAAAUGUAUCCCCCCGGGGCAUUAUCCUGUAUGACAGCUUGUCCAACCAGGUGAUCGAGAACAUAUCAAUAUACAGGAUAUCGUACUGCACGGCCGACAAGAUGCACGACAAGGUAUUCGCCUACAUCGCCCAGAGCCAGCAGAACGAGACGCUGCAGUGCCACGCGUACCUCUGUACCAAGAGGAAAGUGGCGCAGGCUGUGACUCUAACUGUGGCGCAAGCCUUCCGAGUGGCCUUUGAGUUCUGGCAAGUCGCCAAAGAAGAGAAGGAGAAGUGGGUGAAGUCUGGUUCUGAUGGUGAAGUGACCAGCAGCUCCCAGUCCGAGAGGUCUGCGAGCAUAGCCAGCCUCAAAGGAGGGGAAGUCGCUACGGGGAACCUGUUGGAUUUGGACGAGGGUGCCAUCGCCGGGCUUGCCAGCCUGCGCGAGGAUUCCGGCCAUCUGGACGAUGCCUUCGUGGCACAGUGCCAUCAUGCAGAGAACAACAAUACCAUAUGGGAACUCGAUGAUGGUUUGGACGAAGCCUUUUCCAGGCUCGCUGAAUCUCGUACUAACCCCCAAGUCCUGGACAUUGGGGUGACGCCUCAGGACUUAAACGCCAACGAGUGCCUGCUGUCUCCUAGCGACUGGGAUAACGCCAAUGCCGCCAACGGAGAGGACCUGUUCCGGCUGUGAGUGCAGUGACCCCCCCGGCCGCGGCGGGAGGGGGAGGCGCGCAGCCGGUGCUCCCUGGAGGGCCCACUGCCAGCUCCCCGUGGGCUCUAGCUGGGAGGACCACUGACCCGGCCCAGAUCACUGAUGUGUGCUGUCUGUUUCCGCAACGCCUUCACCAGAGCAAUAAUAAACUAUUCAAACCAGUCAUCUCUUUUAAAACGUUGCAUCUUACCAUAAUUAAAAUGCAGGAUCUUUGUUAGUCAUCUUAUUUGACAUUUUAUUCUUCCCCCAUACCCAAAUGCCAGAUUUGUAUACAUGUAUCAAAAUGAUUAUAUAUUUUUAUGUGCAUAGUAGUGUAAUAGUAUUGUACAUGAUAACUGUGAAGGGAUUUGGCCAAGGGUCUUCCUCAUUGACCAAUUAGAUCUUUCUGCAGUGUUUGAAGUGGUUCUAGAUUGGAUAGCAUGUUCAAACCAGCAUGUGCCCUCCCUCUGAAUGGCUGUGUGCUGCAGAUGCUAGUGUAAGACACUAAUGAGUAUUUAGCAAGAUAAUGGCUAGGGCAUUUGUGGAAUGAUACUGAAAAUUUGCACAUGUGAAACUGGUCACACCUGGUUCAGUUCCACUCAUUAUGAGUGAAGGCCUAGAUUUAAGGAAAGUUGGAGGGGUUCAGUGAGAUGCCAGGCUUCAUGAGUCACUACACCUGGGGAAAUAUCUGUCUGUUCCUGUAGGUCGUUUCACAUUGGAACAGUCACAAUGUGCUGCGUGAAAGGUUAUAGAAGUUUAAAAAACUCAGGAGAACUUGUGUAAUGGAUAACAAAUUUCCCAGCCACCAAGUGCAUUGCACUCCAUGGAACCUGAAAAAUGUAGAGGACUAAUGCAAAUUCACCCCCAGCUUCCACAGCCCGUAGUGCCUUGAAUCUAGCAGAUGAAACCUAGUAAAGGCAUUUCCAUUUAUUUAGCAAGUGAAUAUAACAAGUCCAUUUUUGCCCAAAGGCAGGUGCAUGUACUUCUCUUUGCCUUCAUUAUUAUACCUGUUUGGUACAGUAUAAUUGGAUAAAGAUAUUGCAAAAAGACUGUAGCAGUAAAACCUCAAUGAUUUGGUAAUUUGAUAAACAAUGGAACUGAAUACAGUAAUUGCACAAUAUCCAUACCAUGUUAUACUCGUUAUUAAACACAUUGGUAAAUAAAACGUAAAGAGUUGG